GUCGGCGCGAUGAACCCGUCAUGACUGAGGCUGCCGUUUAUAUCAAACCCCCGUGGAACCGCAGGCUACAUCGCGCGGCUGUCAUGGUGGUUCUAGAAAAUCUCUCCAGAAAUAUUCCCCUCCUCUGAAUCCUUUCACACGCGCGAGCAGCACGAUGACACUGCGUCGGACGGCCUCUCUGUAUGUGUCCUCGGUGGUAUAUUCUAAUUAGCUUAACGUUUGACAUCUACCAAGGACUGAUGUGGGAGCGACGAGGAACGCACCGCUGUGAUUAUGGAAGAGCAGCCCAGGUUUGAAGACCUCUGAACCCAUUGGCUCCCACGGCCAGACGGGUGGCCAAUCAGGCGACAGCGGCGUCCACCGAAGGGGCGGGGGGAGGAGACAGUGAGACUGGGAGACCCUCUGGCCUCACCCACAGCGCUUCACUCGUCCCACUGCAAUCUUCACCGCCAUGUCUCUACCCGACUGCAGCCCGGAGCGAGAGGCCUCCAGCGGGGCCCCACUUGUGCUAGAGUGCCCUUCCUCUCCUUCCGGCGUGGACCCGGACCCCCUGUCAACGGGCAGCCCGGUGCUCAGCCCGGACUCGUCGGCGCCGGCAGCCUCCCCGGCAGACUCUGAGAACUUGAGUCCAGAUGAACUGGAGCUGCUGGCCAAGCUGGAGGAGCAGAACAGGCUGCUGGAGGCCGAUUCCAAGUCCAUGCGCUCCAUGAGCGGUUCGCGGCGCAACAGCGGCUCCUCGCUGGUGUCCAGCUCCUCGGCCUCGUCCAACCUGUCUCAUCUGGAGGAGGACACCUGGAUCCUGUGGGGCCGCAUCGUCAACGAGUGGGAAGAGUGGAGACGCAAGAAGGACAAACUCCUGAAGGAGUUGAUCAGGAAGGGCAUCCCUCACCACUUCCGGGCCAUCGUCUGGCAGCUGCUGGGCAACGCCACCGACAUGCCGGUGAAGAACCAGUACUCCGAGCUGCUGAAGAUGUCGUCCCCGUGCGAGAAGCUCAUCCGCAGAGACAUUGCGCGCACCUACCCCGAGCACGAGUUCUUCAAAGGCCAGGACAGCCUGGGCCAGGAGGUCCUCUUCAACGUCAUGAAGGCAUACUCUCUGGUGGAUCGAGAGGUGGGCUACUGCCAAGGCAGCGCGUUCAUUGUUGGCCUGUUGCUAAUGCAGAUGCCCGAGGAGGAGGCGUUUUGUGUCUUUGUGCGCCUGAUGCAGGAGUACCGUCUGAGGGAGCUGUUCAAACCCAGCAUGGCCGAGCUGGGCCUCUGCAUCUACCAGUUUGAGUACCUGCUACAGGAGCAACUACCAGAACUGAAUGUCCAUUUUCGAUCCCAGAGUUUCCACACGUCCAUGUACGCCUCGUCCUGGUUCCUCACCCUUUUCCUCACCUUCCUCCCUCUGCCCGUUGCCACGCGCAUCUUCGACAUCUUCAUGUAUGAGGGCCUAGAGAUUAUCUUCCGCGUGGGCCUGGCCAUCCUGCAGUACAACCAGACGGACCUCAUACAGCUGGACAUGGAGGGCAUGUCGCAGCAUUUCCAGAAGGUGAUCCCCCACCAGUUUGACAGCUGCACGGACAAGCUGAUCCUCAGGGCCUACCAGGUCAAGUACAACCCCAAGAGGAUGAAGAAACUUGAGAAGGAAUACACCACAAUCAAGAACAAAGAAAUGGAAGAACAAAUUGAGAUCAAGAGGCUACGCACAGAAAACCGGCUGCUGAAGCAGAGGAUUGAGACUCUGGAGAAGGAGAGCGCCGCUCUGGCAGACAGGCUGAUUCAGGGUCAGGUGACGAGGGCGCAGGAAGCGGAGGAGAACUACGUGAUCAAGCGGGAGCUGGCGGUGGUGAGGCAGAAGUGCAACGCAGCCAACGAGAGCCUGGAGAAAGCACAGGACACCAUCAGAGAGCUGCAGCAAGAGAAGUUCACGGAGCAGUUUGUGAGCAACCUGCAGAACCAGCUGGAGCAGUCCAAGCUGCGUGAGGCCGAAGUACAGGGAGCACUGAAGGAAAUGCAAGACAAGGUCCUGGACCUGGAGAAGAGGAGCACGUGUCUACCCGACGAGAACAACAUGGCGGCUCUGCAGGAGGAGGUGAAGCAGAUGAAGCUGAGGGAGCUGGAGACGCUGCGCUCGUUCAAAGAGAUGCAGGAUUCCGUCACGGAGCUCAACCAGCGCUGGCAGCACCACAUGUCCCGCGGCAGCACCACAGGUGGUGGGGGCGGCCACUGGAAGGAGUCCCCCAAGAAGAACGCCAUGAACGAGCUGCAGGACAAGCUGAUGACGGUCCGACUGAGGGAAGCCCAGGCUCAGGCGGAGCUCCGGGAGGUCAAACUCAAAGCUCUGCAGCUGGAGAGCCAGAACCAGAUCCACAGCAAGCUGAUUGGUCGAAACGACCAGGAACGCUCUGCCCUGCAGGACCGGCUCCAGAUGCUGUCCAAUCAGAACAAGGCUCUCCAGGCCCAGCUCAACGAGAUGAAAAGGAAGCAGUCCGAGUCCGACUGCAAGAGCAAAGAGGAGGUGAUGGCGGUGCGACUGAGGGAAGCGGACAGUAUGGCUGCCAUGGCUGAACUCAGGCAGAGGAUUGCUGAUCUUGAGAUACAGAAGGAGGAAGGGCUGAUCCAGGGCCAGCUGAACCACUCUGACUCCAGACAGUACAUCAACGAGCUGCGGGACCAGAUCGCUGAGCUCAAGAACGAGGUCAGGCAGCUGCGGGGGCAGAAGGCGACCCCCGGCUCCAGGCUCGGCAGCGCAGUAGGAGGAGGAGGAGGAGGAGGAGGGAGUACCAACUACCAGGAUCUGUGUCUGGCCAGCCCCGCCUCGGCCGAGGGAGACUACCUGAGCUCAGACGAGGACCUCCUGGCCAGCCCGCUGCCUCCAAGCGCCCUUUACCCCGGCCUGUCCGGCCCGUGUCACCCGUCCGGCCGCCUCGACAGCGAGGGCAGCACGGACAGCGAGGUGGAGGAGCGUGCUCUGACCCACCCGGACCCGCAGCAGCUGUACGGCGCCAUGGUGUGCGCUGAGGUGCUGGACAACUGAGCCCCCUGAGGGGGAGGGCUUUCAGUGGGCUUUUUUU